CAGAUUCAUCCAACAAAACUUUUUUCAAAGAUGCCCACACCCACCAUAUCCAUUAGGUAUAUAAAAUGACCCAAUAACAUACAUAUAAGCAUCAAAAUUCCUCAUAUCCAUACCAUAAGGACUAGUUUGGAAACCACAUUUUCCAAUGGAUUUCUAUUUUCCUAAGAGAAAUUAGUUUAUUUUCCCUUAGAAAAAUAAAAAUCUCUUAGGAAAAUGGAGUUCCCAAUUUUACUUUGGGAAAAUAGAAAUCCCUUAGGGCUAGUUUGGUACCAUAAAAACCCACGGGUUUCCCGGCAUUUUCUCUAGGAAGAAAGCCCACGCGGACAUUUGCCUGGAGUUUGUACUUCUGCGUGUUUGGAAGCCAAAAGACUCGACACACUUUCCUCCAGAGAAACAUCUUUUCCGGUCAGGAAAAACCUUGGCAUCGGGAGGCCAGGCGUUUCCACGGUGCCGCCAACCUUGCCUUGGAGCAUCUCCCCCAUCGCCCCGGCUCCCCGCGACGCUAGGCCUAGCCUCAUCGACGCCAUCCCCGUGAGCACCUCUGUCGCCACACCAUCGUCGUCUUCAACGCCAUCUCCUUCCCCUCACAAGGUCAACUCCUGUAGAUCUACAUCUCCUGUAGCGCCAGCAGGAAACACAUCGCGAGCGACACAGCGCGAGCGCCCAAGAUUCUCAGGUUCCUGCCGCUGCCUUGCCUUUGCCCCCUCGCCACCAGAAGUAGCUCGCGCGCGAUAGCAGCGUCCGCCAGCCGUUGCCUUGCCUCUGCCCCCUCGCCACCAGAAGCAGCGCACGCGCGGUAGCAGCGUCCGCCAGCCGCUGCCUUGCCUCUGCCUUGGAGCCACCAGCAUGUGGUAACGCGAGCACAGUUUGCUUUUGGAGCGCAAGAAGUUCGACCUGCUAGUGGAGACUGCUGGUGGAGACGAAUGCGAGAGGGGAGGAAAGGGGAAUCAAGGAGUGGUUGGGUACUUGUUGUGUCAUGUGGUCAGCAUUCGGAUUUCGUGCGUCACGCGGCCAGCAUACACAUUAUGCAUAUUUGUUUUGCAACAAUUUCCUAUUGGGUGCCUGCCUGGUAUGAUAGUGUGUCUCAUGUCUUGGUCUUGGUAGUGUCGAUGAAAGAUAUAUCCUUAUAUCCUAUAGUGUUUGUGUUUAAACUAUUGUGAAGAAUAACAUUGUUUUCUUGUAACGUUUUAACGCACUCAUGUUGUUCAACCAGAACUGGGGAUCCUAACAAUUUGAUUUAUUUGUUUUGUUUGCUUUGCAUACUAAAAAAUGUCCAGUUUUUACAACAACUUAUAUAAAACAGUGAUUCGAUCCUAGACCUAGAUAUUAUUCCUUUCUGCUAGUGGAGCACUUAUAUCUAGAUAUUGAGAGCUAAAGUUAUCUGUAACUUUGGUUGCUGAUUGUUCUUUCUCUAGUUGUUGACUGAUUUAGUUAUGUCUUCAAACACCUAUUACCUGGGAUAUUGGGUUAUUUUUAUUAUAAUCUGAACCUCAACUUGAUUAAACAUCAGUCUUUUGUUCUGUUCUUUCCCAGGAGAGUCACCAUGCAUAAAUAUUUUCCUAGAUUUUUUAUUGUUUGUUGUAUCAUUUUUAGUUCAAUUGGAUAACUUGCCUUAUAAGUUCAAUUGGUCUCCACUUCUCUAGAUAUGGGUUCUUGGGAGGAGCAAGUUAGACAAUUUUUGUUAGAUGAGGAAGAAGACGACGAUGAGUUGUUCUUUGUUAUUCUCCCUGCUAUAAUUCCAUACCUCUCAGAAGAGAAAUAGCCCAUCCACACGUCCUCACUCACUGGUGCUAAAAAGGUUAGAGAAAUCCUUGAAGGACAUGAGAGUUGGUGCAAAUCUGAGUUUCAAAUGGAGCCAGCAAUAUUCAGAACCACAACAAAUUUUCUUAGAAGAGAGAAUUUACUACGAGACACACGAGGAGUUACCGUUGAGGAGCAGCUUGGGAUGAUCAUGUACAUGAUCUCCCAUAAUGCUAGUAACCAAAUGCUACAGAAGGCUUUUCAACAUAGUGGAGAGACUAUCCAUAGAAAAAUAUCUGAAGUAUUUGAUAUUGUUCCCACACUAACUCAGCGUUUUGUGAAGCUUCCUAGCUCUAUCCAAACUCACACCAAAAUUGCAACAGAUUAUAGGUUCAUGCCAUUUUUUCAGAACUGCAUUGGUGCAAUUGACGGCACACAUAUACCCAUCACCAUAGCAGAACAUAGGGCUCCUCCAUAUAGAAACAGGAAAGGAACUCUUUCACACAAUGUUAUGGUAGCCUACGACUUUGACCUUAAUUUCACAUUUGUUUCAUGUGGAUGGGAGGGGUCAGCCUCAGAUGCAGGGGUGCUUCGAUCUGCUAUUAGCAAAGGAUUUAGUGUGCUAGAAGGAAAGUUUUAUCUAGUAGAUGGUGGUUAUGCAAAUACAUCAUCCUUCAUUGCACCAUAUAGAGGGGUUCGAUACCAUCUCAAUGAGUUUAGGAGGCGUCGUUCAUCACAAAGUGGUUAUGCGAACUACAGAGAGUUGUUCAACCACCGCCAUGCAAUUCUCCAUAACCAUAUAGAGAGGGCCAUCGGUGUUCUAAAGAAAAGGUUCCCGAUUCUAAAAGUAGGCACAUUUCAUCCCAUAGAGAACCAAAUUAAGAUCGUAGCUGCAACUGUUGCAUUUCACAACAUAAUUAGAGGGCAAAAUGGAGACGAAAGAUGGCUUGACAACCAACUAGAUUACAUCUCUCCAAGCCAAUAUGUUGAUGUUCCAGAGGGAGAUAUCAACUAUGUCAAUGACACAGAAUCAAGUGAUGGAAGUGCUCUAAGAGAUCAGAUCGCACUUCAGAUGUGGGCUGCCUACAAUAGCUAGAUGUUAUAAUAGGAUGCCUACAAUAGCUAGAUGUAGGCUGCCUACUAUUAUUACUUAUGGAGUCUUUAUGGUUUGUAGUUUGUCAUGUAGCUAGUUGCCAAGUUAUGAACUUAAAGUUGCUUAGUUAUGUACUAUUAUUUCCACAAUUUCAGUUUUGAAUAAAGGAUGAUUUGGAACAAUGUGUACGAGAAAGGCUUAGUCGAUGUGAUGCAUGAUCACAAAGAUAAUCCAAAAUUCAAAGGUCAAAAUGGUUGGAAUCGUGAUGGAUGGAACAGUAUCACUACCAAGUUCAAUGAAAAGUUCCCUCUAGCUCAUUUCUCUAAACAACAACUGCAAGAGAAGGAGAGAGAGCUUAAAGGACACUACAAGGCUAUAAGGGAUUCAAGAAAAGAAAGCGGGGUUGGUUGGAAUGACACCCUAUGCAUGGUACUGCCUGAACCAGAAGUUUGGCCAAGGCUGAUUCGCGCUCACCUAAAGGUAUCAAAGUUUCGCAACAUACCAUUCCCUCUUUUUUACAGUUUAGAAGGGCUAUAUGAAGGGAUGAACAUCGACGAGCGGGGUUCGACGGGCAGGGAACGACGCGAUCGUUGGUGAGCGUUCGGACGGAGCUCCGGCCGAGGGACGCGAACGGUGAGUACGAACUCCGGCGAGGCUCCAGGGAUGGCGAACGGCGUACGGAUGCGGACGGUCCGGCGACGAGCUUCACGACAGCGAGCUGGGCACGACGCGAGCAGGGCUCAACAGCGGGUGCGCGUGAGCAGAGCGGCGGCAUGGGCGUGGUCGACGGGGUGCUGCGCGGGCGAGCUCUGGCAACAGAACUCGACCACGCUGGCCUGGCCGCGUGGCACGGGAGCGAACGUCUGGUGGCUUGGGCGAGCUGCGCGGUCGACGGCAUACUGUUCUGGUGAGGCGGCGUUGCGAGAGAGAAGAAGGGAAGAGGCUUGGGCAGGCAGAAGGAGAGGGCUCGGUUGGGGUUUUAUAGAGAGAGGGAGGGAGAGCAGAGGUCGCCGGUAUGCUUCAUGGCGGCCAUGAAUGGUCGCCGGUUUCUUUCAUGGAGAGUAAUGGGGAGGGAUUAACGGACGCAGUAAAAUUCCUUAACGCAGAGGAACGGAAGGCUCGGCUUCAUGGCACGGUCGUCGCGCGGGCGGACUUCCUGGCGUCCGUUCUCGGCUCGGGUCGGAGUUGCGGUCGGUGACGCGGCGAGCAGCUGGGCGCGGUCGGGGAAGGGACGUGGCAGGGGCGCGGCGCUCGACCGGUCGGGCUUCGCGUCGGGUUCCUAGCGGGCGCGGCUUCGGGUCCGGCUGGCGUGCAGGGCGCUCGGCUCGCACGGCACGGCGCGGUCGGGCUUCGGCCUGUGCGUCGCGGGCGUCAGGCGGCAUGGGGCUCGGCUCCUCGGCGGGGCUGCUCGGGCGCGGUCCAGCGGCUGCGGGCGUCGCGCCUGUGGCUCGACGGCUGGAGCGGGUCGGUCGGCAGCGCGCCUGGGAGAGAGAACGAGGGGAGAGAGAGGAAUGGAAGAGAGCCGGUUGGGAGAGAGGAGCAGGGAGAGACGGCGGCUACCAGGGGCGGCGGCGGCCUGAGGGAGAGUGACGGCUGGGAGUGUUUUGGGCCUAAUGGGCCAAGGUUUAGGUUAGGGUUAGUUAGGUUUUGUUUUGUUUUUUUCUUUUCUAAUUCUUUUCUAAUUUAAAAUAAGCUUUUAAAUAUCCAUAAAAUUUAUAAUAAUUAAACCAAAGUUAUAAAUAAAAUAUUCAUUCUUGGACUAAUAUUUAUUAUACUAUUUAUGUGAAUUUAAAUUUAAGAAGAAAUGAUAUUCAAUAUUCAAAAUUACUUAUGAGCAAUCAAAAAUCAUUCCGAAUGAAAUAAAUAACAAACACUUCAAUGGAAAAUUUAUUAUCAUAAAUACCAUUAUUAACUAAAGGUAUUAUUUUUAUUUAAUGACUUUCAUAGUGUUACAAAUCUACCCCUCUUAAAAAGAAUCUCGUCCUCGAGAUUAAGAAAGGCUAGCAAGAAAACAAAGAAGACACAUGGUUAUUUGUAGGUUCUUGGUUCACAUUUUAACUCUUCUAAACUUAAGGAACUUAUUGUUUCUUCGCUCCGCAAUGACUACAAAUCAAGCGAUCUUCAUCAUCGUACUUAUAAAUGGUGGGUCUUCUGAAUUAUUGCUUAGGUCAUGCUUGGCAGCUUUCUUCUCAAGUCGGUCUAGACGUUUCUUGGGGCAUUCGCGAAUAAGAUGUCCUUCGUUUUUGCAGUAGUAGCAAGCACCUCUUGCUUUGAGUUCUUUACGAGUCAACUUUGCUUGACCAACAGGGGGUGAGGGUUCAUUGGGUGUCUGUAUCUCAUGUAGCUGAGCCUGACUUGAUUCUUCUGUUUGGGUAUCCAUAUGUUUCGUGGCUUUCGCUUGAGGUGGACUAAUCAUGUAUCCAAACAUUUUUCUAUUCCUUUUGUUGUUCUUCAUUCCAUUCAUCGAAUACCUCUGUGACUCAUUUUUCUCGUUCAUAGUUGUUAAGGUAGGAAUAUUGUUGUUGGCAUCAUUUACUUCAUUUCCAUUGGGGUUCAUCAUCUAGUCAGAGGGUAAAAGAGUUAGUGAGAUAGACUGCAUAAGAGGCUUGUAUGACAUUAUGAUAAAGAGCUAACACAACGUUUUAAUUUCCAAUAUAAGAUUAGUUAAGGAACAGGGAUGGUUUCAGAUUUCUACUAGUUCCAUCAUACUUUGAGAGUUUACAGGUCUUAUAUUCCUUAACAAAGAUCUUUUUGAACCUUAUAGAUUUCAGAGCUUGAUAUCCAAAUCAUCUUUCUGAUCCAACAAUAUUUCUUUGAGCACAAAUUGAAAAAAAAACCUUGAGUGGGAC